CUCACGCAUAAUGCCUGAACCCUCUUGCUUUGGGAGAAGAGCAAAGUCCUGGUGACUACUUACUACUUACAUACCGCUGGUAUCAAGUACUGAGGCGUCAGUGGCGAAGAUGGCUUCUUCAGAUAAGGUACGACGACUUGUGAUACGUCUCAUGUUUUGUAGCUUUUUCUCUUGACAGAUAAAUGUUUUCUGCGUUUCAGCAAUUCCUCCUGACGGGAGCACAGGUUGACGGUAUGUUAUGCUUGUUUCUUCAAUUAUUUUACCCAUUGAUUUGUCUUGUAAGUUGUCAUGUUCACUUAAAGUCAGCUGAAAUAAUAUGUUUGAUGCAUUCUUUCACGGAAUUAACUACAGAAUGUGUGGCUUUACAUGUUUUAUUAGAGCUGCUUAAAUCACGUCGUUGACAAAGAAGCAAGCAGGUGAAAUUAUUAGAUGUUGCUUGUUGUCUUUCUUUCAUAAUUGUCCAAAAGUCAGAAUUGCUACCCAGAUAUAUCUUUCAAAGUUUACGUUAAGUGAAAUGAAUAUUCACUCUCGGCUGUUGUUGUUUGAUAGCUCAUGUAAUUCUUUAUUGUUUAAUGGUCUUUAAAAUUUCAUGAUGCCAUAUCAUCAGACGAUUGGUCGUUGUCUUAAAACAAACUCAUUGUUUUGUUUUGCGUGCAUUUUCGUUUUCACGAACAGUCGAUUGUUAGAACUAGACGCCCAAACGCGUGACUUAGAAACAACUCGUGAAUUUUGUCAAAAGGAUAUCCAGCUUAACUGAAUUCUCCUAUGGCCUCUUCGUUUCCGGACAAGUCGACCUUUCGUGACUGUGAGUAUCAUAAACGCCCAGACAUUCAUACAUGUGCUUUUGGGAGAGUGAUCACUCUUAAUUUUUCACGCAAGCAGAGAAAAGAACGAUAAAGGAGUUUUGUUUUUCGCGAUCUUUCAUUGCGUUCUGCACGCGUGAAAAACUGUCAAAAAUUUUGCCCGGUCGAGACUGAAUUUUUUCGGUUUUUCGAUGUGGGUGGCUUUGUGGGAUUUUUCCUGUAUUAUUUAGAAUUUUAAUUUAAACAAAACGGGAUUGUCAAAGUUAUCGGUCUACAACUCGAGUACAGUUAUAUAGUGAGUUAAAAUUAUUCUUUUAAUUUAUAAAAACUAAGUUUUCGCUGCAAGUGUGAUCUUGGUUUCUUAAACUUAUUUGAUUAGAUCCUUCUAAAUCUGUACAGUUCAGAGUGUGAUUCAAAUAAAAUAGUAUUGACUCUUCACCAAAGGGUGUGUCACAACAUGUCACCUGCCGCAAGUUUGUGCUGGUUAAUCUGUUUGUUGUGAGAUACAGACAAAAUUUUUCAAUAUUCUUUUACAACAUUAGUUUUGGUUAGUUUUUAAAUACAUUGUACAUCUAAAAGACUUACUUGGUUUUGGUUUGGUGAAUACUAAGUAAGAAUAGCUUUUUCAAUUUCUUUAAUUCAUAGAUCUAGCCAAAUUUAUGAAAACUGCACCAGCUGGCAACUCUAGAUAAAGGGGCCAAUAUUUUAAAGAAAUUCAGCUCUAACCCAUAAUCCUUCUAAGGUGACUUUCUUCUUGGUUCCUGAUUAGUGAAGAAAUGUUCAAGUCUACUAAAAAGAAACUGUCAACGUGGCCAUUUCUAGCUGCUUUAAGGCCCCAUAAGACAGAGGCAGCUUAAGACUUAAGCUAGCCCUAUUCUGGGCUUUUUUCAGGCACGUUUUCAAAAAUUCAGCUAGACGUAUAUAUUCAUAAUUUUAAUGUUUACCUUGUGGUAAAAGCUGCUGUAAAUCUAGUUGCCAAACCACCCUUUUAAAAAAUGGAGUAAUAUUGUUUUCAUCAUAAUUCAAAGAAUAUAAUUCCUGUUACAUGCAGCAACAAAAUCAGUUUUGUGACACCAUCUUAGCACCCAAAACUGUUAUAACUGUUUUCAUUUGUGAAAAAACUUUACAUAGAAAGUAAAGCAAAAUGCUUUUUUGGGUUAAGUUUUUAGGUUCUGGUAUGAUCUAAUUUUGUCAAAGUGUAUUAACUUUUCAUUUUAGUUAUUUCUUGUUCGUAGUUUGGUUUUCUGUUCUUACUGUAUGUAUAAUCAUAUGUAGAAGUAACUUGGAAAUUGUAGCAAGUUAGGUUUUUUUAGUUACAUUUGAAACUACGGAUGAUUACCUAUGAUUUUUGUCAGUCUAUCCUAAACCUUACACUUCCUAUGGUGUGAUCUGUAUAAAAUUAGUAGAAUGCAAUGAUAACAAGUUAUUUUGUUAAACUAGCUUUUAUUUUAUUUUCUUCAAUUCUAAAUUAAGUAAAUGUUUAGUUCUGAAGUAAAAAAAUGAGUGAAGUUAAAUAGCUGAUCAAUCUAGUAAAGCUGACACUAUUUUGAAGUUGAUUUUGUCACUUGACCAUAGUCUCACCCAGAGUACUUUGUCGUGUUUAGAGUCUGCCGAGAUGUCAUAAUGAUCAUCGGAAAUAAUCAGAUUGACCCCUAUCUGAUCAUAGUCCAUUUAAGGUCACUUUCCAUGUGUCAAAAUUGACCAGCCAGACCAUUCCUGUUAUACUGAGAACUUCACUUUUAAUCAAAACUAUCCAACCAGAUCAGUCAAAUCCUAAAUAGCAAGCAUGAAGCAAAUAGUUUCUAGCAAAAAAUAUGAUUCUUGGAAAUUAAAGCCAGCUAUUUCACUUUUAAAAUGACUGGUUCGGUCUUGAUUUGGCCGGCCAGUUCUGACUUUUGAGAAGUACACUCAGAUUGCCACUGUACUGUUUUAGAACAUGACAACAACGUGUGAAAUGAAUCAGAAGAGGAACAUCAGUGGAUUCAACCCUCCUUACGUUAGAGUUCCAUUAGCUCAGGGAUCAGAGCAUCAGCUCUAAACCUAGGAGGGUCAUGAGUUCGAUUCUCAGUUUGAACUCAGAAUUUUUCUGUGCUUUCGGGUGAACAAAUUCUCUUCCUUUUUUAUUAUGAGUCUAUUGAAAAGACAACACACAAGAUUUUAAUAUAUAUAUUUUUUUGCCAACAAGAAUUUAUUUUCCUGCGAUAAUGGAUUGAGCAUUCUCCAUAAGCAAUCAUGACGUCACUUACAGAUUUCAAUAGAUGUUUGAUUUCAAUAAUUGUAAUCAAUUAUUGAUGAUCAGCACACCACCAGUACUUUGCACUCCAUUUUCGAAGUCACUUCACUUCAGCAAUAGUUUUGAUCUCAAACAGAAUGUCAAAAGCUGCUUUAUUUGAGUCUAACAUGUGCUAAAAAUUAAUAUUGUUUGCACUUAUUUUUUGUCAUAAUUCCUACCUUUUUCUCUGUUUGUCAGUAUUGUCCUUUAUUUCACUUACAUGCACUUCCAACUUUGAUUAUGACAACAACAAUAAAAAUAUCUGCUUUGAUUUCCAGCCUUAUCAAAGGUGUUCAAGUUUGCAGAUGUCGAAGAGACUGGAUAUGUUGACGUGGCAACAAUUUCAACUCUUGCUGUUCAGCUGUUGGGAGCACAGCUCAGUGAGAGUGAGAAGGAUACAAUUAACAACAAAGCUGAAAACAAGGCUGAAAAAGGUCAGAUCAGUAACUUCAUUAUUCUUUUAUUUGAAAUCUACUUUAGUGAUAACUCUUAAGUUAGUUGUAACUAGUCCACUUCUCACUUCUAAUGUCAUAGAAGGGGGAUGAGAGAGUUUCUAUGUUGUACAUGUAUCAUUUGAAGUAAAUUUUGUUUUCUGAUUUUUUGUUUCGUAGGGCUUCUGUCUUACCAGAACUUUAUAGAAAUCAUGAUGGAGACGAUGCAAGCAAUGACCCACUGGGGCAAGUUAAAGACAGUUUUAGAAGGUUAUGUUGGUUUUGACACCGUGCAGGAGCAGAUUCGCAAAAAGUCACUCAAACGUGGAUUUGAAUUUAACCUUAUGGUGGUUGGUAAGUUAUUGUUACUAUUUUAAUGACAUCACAUGCUGAAAGCUUGACAAUGAAUCAGUCCACUCUCCUGGGCUGAGUUGCUCAAAACAUGGUUAGCUUUAACCAUUGGUUAAGCAGCAGUAAAACCAAUACGUUGUCAAGGUAUUAAACGCUGGUUAACGCUAACCAUGCUUCGAGCAACUGGGCCCUGGGGUCCAUUAUUCCACUUGAGUUUAGAACAUUUUGAUGUCAUUUCUAUGGUCUAUAUAUAUAUUAUACAUGUACAUGUAUAGCACAUACAGUGUACAUCAUAGAUAAUUGUUGUCUAUUAAUUUUGUUAAUUUCAAUCAAUUUUUCAAAUAAGGUGCACCUAAAGCAAGUGGUGACCACACCCCUAAGCCCCCUUUAUGUGUACAGUGUAUUUAGGGCAUUGUUGUUUGUUGCAACCCAGGAUUGUAAGAAAAUGAGCAGCUACUUAAACAGCAACAGAGAGGUGAAAAAUGAGCAGGCUUGAAAAUUACUAUCAGUAAUGAAUAGGAAUUUGAGUGUAGUGUUUCUAAGAAAAAUCAUUUAAAUUUAGGAUAAGGGACAAAAUUAUAUAUUUUUAUGUGACACUGAAUUCAAUCUGUCAUUGCUUAAAUCAGUCAAUCAGGAUUGCCAAGAAUGAGACAAAAUUUAGUUGUUGUACACUUGAUUAUUGAUAAAAUGUAUUGUUUUUAAGGUGCUACUGGUCUUGGCAAGUCAACUAUGGUGAACACUUUGUUUAAAGGGCGUUUGAGUAGAAUGUCAUCAACUGGGGCAGCUGCUACCAUCCCUAAGUCAGUGGAAGUCAAGUCAGUUAGUCAUGGUAUGAAUUUUACAUUACAUUGCCGCUACAUGUACCGUACAUUACAAAGUGUUACAAUGUAUGUUCACCGUAGGUCAAAGGAGGGACUGGGUGUAUGGCUGCCCUGAUCUGUGACGCAGGCUGAGAAUGAGAAGUCUUUGCAUGGAGUGUAGCUAAAUGUUGUGGGUCGUGGGUGUGGGUGUGGGUCGUGGGUAUGUGUGAGUAAAUGUUAUGGGUACAAAAAAGUUUUCAAAAAAAAUUAAGAAUUAAAAGAGAAAAGGUUGUAAAAUUCAUGAAACGAAAAUUUCCACAUACAUACCAUGAGUCCUAUUCCCCUUCCCUGCGGUCAGCAAAGCAAAUAAGCCAAUCCUUUAUAAGUACAAAUGGACACUAAAAAGGCAUUUAUGCGAAAAAUAAAAGAGAUUUUCAUUUCAGAAACAUUUUACAACUUUUUUCUAUUUUUUUUUCAAUUACUUUACUUAAUCAUUUUUUUCUAUACUUUAUUUACCCACAAACUCUACCCUCAACAUUUUUAGCUACACACGCUCCCACAACGUGACAAGUUUCCUGUAGCUCAGAGAGCAUCUGGACUAGUAACAACAUAAAAAUUAAAGUGUUUUAAAAGUGUUAGUGGUAAAUUUCCAAAGUGUUUAGCCCCUGCUCAUUGGAAAUGACACUGUGUAGUUCGGUCAUCUUUGGGAAGUUUGAGAAGUCUGAAUCAGGCAAUGUUGAAGUGUGUUUCUGACAAACACAUGUUAUUGUUAUUAAUUUAUGCGUACAGUUGUAGUUGUAUUCAUUGUCCUGUUGUUGUUUUGUUUUGCUUUGAUUUUCAGUGAUUGAGGAGAAGGGUGUAAGGUUAAAAUUAACGAUCACUGAUACUCCAGGAUUUGGUGAUCAAAUCAAUAAUGAAAGCUGGUAAGACUAUAAUAUAAUUAUUAUUUAUCUACAGACAAAAUAACAACUUUUUGGUUCUCAUGGAAACAGGGAUUGCUUAUGCUUUCCAUGCUCAGCACUAAAAAUAAUCUUGAUUCCAGUUGACAACUAAAAGACCAACUCCAUAUAGUUAAAUCAAUUGCGCCCAAAAAAUGACCAUGUAUACAAUUUAGGUAACUUAAACUUAGCCCUUGUCUUAUUGAACCUCAAAGGGCCAAGACACUGACAAUUAAAAUAUGUUUGCUUGAAGGAGGUUUCGUUAUAUCAAGCCAUAGCAACAGUGAUCUUUUUAGAUGUGAAGAUAAAUGUUUUCAUGGGAAAAAUCACCUGGUAUUUUGCUUUUGAUGAUAUAUUAAAUCGUUCUAUCAAUGGGACUAGGAUUAUCGUUCGCUAUACCGCGGACUUCAUUAGAAUACAUAGAGGUUCGUUAAUGUACAGUUGGUGUACAUGGUACAGCAGGCAGGAGAGAAAAGAUCAUAAAACUUAAAAGUUUUUAAAAGUUUUCAGUUUUGUUAUAAAUUACGGUCAUAGUUUAUUUAUGUUAUUUUCUUGUUUAGUUGGGAGCCAAUCUUGCAGUACAUCAAUGAACAGUAUGACAAAUAUUUAAAGGAAGAGACAAGUAUCAAUCGAAAGCCUAGGGUUCCAGACAGUCGAGUUCACUGCUGUCUUUAUUUUAUUGCACCAACUGGUCACAGGUACGGUCUGAUCUCAAACUUCAUCAGCGUAAUCUGAAUUUAUUUAAUACUGUCCUAUACUGUAUAUUUUUAGUUCGUAGUUUUCCUUUUCCUCUUUCCUGUUAAACAUCUAUCAUGCAGGCUACUUUACACUAUACAUGUACAGUGUAUGUUAUAUUUUUUCAGUAACCACACAAUUUUACAGCCACUGUUUCACUUUUCUUUAAUAAAACAGGGGCACCCAACGGCAAUUUUCGGGAAAAUAUCUGUUCGGAAGACGAUUUGAGAUCUAGAAUUUUCGGAGCAUUUGUUGUAAAAAUAAUUUCUUGCUUGCCUGCCUCUCCUAGGAUUUUCGAACAUCUACAAAAUGUUAUAAUUACUCAUUUUUAACGGAUUUUGACCCUAAAAAAGGCCACCUAGAAUUUUCGGGAGCCUUUUCCUGGCUGAAAUUUUCGAGAAGGUAAGUUUUGAUCCCUAUAAUUUUCGGAUCACUAGACUUUCAGCUAGGAAAUUCGAACAGAUGAAAAGUUUUUAGGGGAUAAAAAUAUGCCUAUAUCUACCGUUUGAAUACUAAAAUACGUUCAACAAUGCCAUGUUAAGUGGUUUUGAACUAUAUCCUCGUUGGGUGCCCCUGAUAAAAUUUGUAAAAAAAGGGAUGCACUUUUUAAUGACGCCAUUUCUGAUUGUAAUGAGUGUAUAUGGAACUAUACGUAAUAAUAUUGUAAUCUUUUGAUAGAGAAAUAGUCUUUGAAAAUUUAAAUCAGAAUGUGCUAUGUACAGACUGUUUGAAGUGCGCAAAAGUUGUCGUUCAAAGAAUGACAUUUCCAGGUGAUUUUUACUGUCUUUAAUUCUUUAAUCUACUAUUGUGUCUUGUAGAUUGAGACCUAUUGACGUAGAAUUCAUGAAGAGAUUAGACAAGUGUGUUAACAUCGUGCCUGUAAUUGCAAAGGCAGAUACACUUACUAUAGAGGAACGCGAGGCUUUCAGACGACGGGUAAGUAACGCGACUUUUUCUGAAAGACCAAACGAAUGACAUUUAAAGCAAACAAACAAAAAACUACAACAACAACAAGUUAAGUCCUAUUUGAAGGAAAGUGUGAUGUUGGUUAUCUCAUGAGACGAGCUUGUGACCUCUCUCCCCAUCCGAUACCGGCUGAGUGCUAUAACUAAUGAACAACGGAUUCCAGCUAUAGUUUCAAAUGUCACACAUCGACAUAUCCGCUAUACUGUUAGAACAUGUUGUCCUCGUUCUCAAAAUGAUUUUUGAGUGCAGAGAAAAAUUACUGAAUACGUGGAUAGGACGUCUUUCACUUAUGUUGUUGAUGUAUUGAAUAGGAAAGGCCAAUCUAAACAAGUUUAUCUGAAAGUUUAAUUAAAGAAUAUACUAAUAUGCCAGACGUUUUCCAACGUUAGAUGUACUUGUAACUUCUUACUGUCACUGACUGUGUAUUUCGGUUACUAUGCCACAUUUAGUAUUUCUGUUCGGUUAAUUUGCAUUUCAGCUACGCGAAGACAUACAGAAGAAUCACAUCAACAUUUAUCCUAUCCUUGAUCGACAUGACCUCGAUGAAGAGGAAGCCAGAACAACCUCAAGAAUCAGAGUGAGUUACUUUUUACCGCCCUUGUAAGAUAUUAUGGACCGUAACUGAAGAUCCAAGGACCGCGAUAGCAGCGAAAACGUCGCUUAAAAAGUGAAUUCGUGUUCUUUCAAUCUUCUUCGCGAUUAUUCUAAUUACUCCUUUACUUUGUCAAAUGUAGGCGAACUCUCCUGAAGUUGAAAUUCGUAAGAACCAUAUCCAAGUUCAGAAAGAGAAAGAAAACUUCUUCGUUUGUUGAAGUCCUCCAUACAACGUGAAGUUAGGCAUUUUCACGUCGUAGUCGUGCCGCGACGGCAUAGAAGUGUACAAAAAAGUGUGUUGCACGUGUAAAGUUGUUGUUUUUCUUAUCCAACCUAUUCUUUGUUUUGACGUUCUCGUUGCCCUCACCAUCGUCGCAUCGAAAGGUUUUGUAUGUCAUGGUAAAUACAUGUAUAUGUUUUACUGAUAUAUCUGAUAUUGCAGUUUUUCCUUGACAAGCCUAUAACGUCCAUCAAUUUUUGACAACGCAACAUUAGAUACCUGUAUGUACCGGGCACAGUAUCAAAACUCUUUCUUUUUUUGCUUGAAAAGCCUGCGUGAAUUUCACUCACCAUCUACGUUACCUACCCUUGCUGAUGUUUAAACCCAUAAUAGGGCGAACGGGACGAAGAAAAAGUACUAACCGCUUCGGCGACAAACAUCUUUCUCAAAUACACGAAAUACUCCGAGUGAACGGACAUCAGAAAGGUUGCACCCGGGCUGGAUCGAGAACAGCUAGCGUUUGCGGCGCGAAAAGCGAAAAUUAAGCAAUGAUUGGUUUUUUGCAUAACGCGAGUCAUGGAUGUCUUGUCUGUGUUUACAUCUGAUCUCAAGAACACUUGCUGAUUAAGCACUCUAAUAUAAAAAAAAAGACUACCAGAAACUUUUGACCGUGAUAGUGUUACCCUGCUUUAACCAUCCAUUCAACUUGUCGCCAGGUUUCUCCUAACCUGAGAUCAGGCUCUAUUUUCGUUUCGCUUUGAAAAUUACAUUCCAGCGGGCAUGGCGAAACGAAAAAAGAGCCCAAUUUUAGCGGUAGCCGUUAGAGAGAAUGUAUGCGAACCGCUAAAAUUGGGCCUGAUUUCAGGUUAGGUUUCUCUCUGAAUUAUUGAAAAAGCUCAAGGAAAGACUGCAGGCAAGUUAGUUCAUUGUGUUCUCAUAUCAUGUGAUAUACAGUAUAGUAAAAAUCAUAUUUCUCCCUCCUCCCCCACUAGUUAUAUCAUUACUAAUAAUUAUCUUGAUGUUCGGCAUUGUUUUGUUAUUUAAGGACCAGCUACCCUUUGCUGUUAUUGGCAGUGAUCGCUAUGUUACCGUGUCCGGGAAACCAGUUCUUGGGAGAAAGACGAAAUGGGGUCUUAUUGAAGGUGAAAACUGCAUGAAUAAGUUAGCUGGUUUUUUUAGUGCUUUAAAAUUGACCUGAAUUUAUGUAUAGUUUUGCCAUCUGUAUACAAAAACAAAAAAAUAUAAAGAAAAUUUAAACAACCAAGCCAAAAUCUUAUUAGCUACUAUGUAUGUUUCGCUUUUCUUGAUUGAAACAAGACUUCUGCGAAAAUUCAGGUUUGAUAUCAAUUUUUUACUUAUUUUGAUCUCAUUUCAGUUGAAAACAAGAACCACUGUGAAUUUGCUCAGUUGAGAGACAUGCUAAUCAAGUAAGGGUAGCAGUCUGUUGUUGUUAUGGAUUUCUGAAGCUAACAAGUUUUAGCAAUCAAUUGAAAGCAUUAACUGUCAGUGUCAGUUAAGCCCCUAAAGCAAUGGCGCAUUUUGGCUUUCGCGCGUCCGCUCAUCCCUGUUUUCGGGCAGAAGGGGGUUUGCUGUUCCAUUUUAUCCUCCCCAAGAUUGUACGCGUUAAACAUAAAUGAAGAGACGAACGAAGAUAAGUAUUGAUUUUCUACAGUCAUAUACUUUCUCGUUAUUAUCAUAGGGAAGGCAUAAAAGUGAUCAUAUCCGAACAUAACGGCUAAGACGGGGUAAUAAUGAUGAUCUGAUUUCUGGUAUUAAAACUUGAAGUUCAUUAGAUUCGUACUAAAUUCCUACCACAACGUACAGUCAACACCAGCACGUUAGUGUCUUAAAUACAUGUAGCGACAUUUCGAAAGAGCGGUAAGUUUUUUUUUUUUUUCAGUGAAACGCCUGUAGUUAUUUUUUUUUUUUUGCGGGGAUUCAGCUGCUUUCCGUAAUGUCUCUGUGUCCUUAAUAGCAAGGUGUCGGCAAGGCGAUAAUUGACUGUACAGAACUUUACUGUCUCAGAGCAAGAGUCCUUUUAAGACUGUUUCCCCUGUGUAAAGUGAUCUUAGCCCUUUCAGGCCAGUAGCUGGUUUUUAUUUCAUUAUAUAUUUUUUCAGAACACACAUGCAAGAUCUAAAAGAAGUGACAGAUACAAUUCACUAUGAAAGUUAUCGCCGGAAGCGCUUAACUGAGGACAAAAACGAUCAAGUUGUAUUAACGAACAAUGUCGUCAACAUGGAUUGUCAAGAGAGUAAGAUUUAGACUUCUAAUGUGUUUUAACUCGGUACCAGGUUACUGGGUUAUGUUUAGUUUAACGCUUUGUUCAAGAUGGCCGUGCCAAGUAACACAUUGAAUGAAUUCGAACCCGUCUACCCUGGUUCACCACACUAUAAAGCAAAUAAACCGCCUAUAAUGUACAGAGAGGCGAUAUGCCUUAGCAUGGGAAAAUUGUUACCAUUCUGAUUCAAAAUCAAUCAGCAAAACAUGUAAUAUAAUUUUAACUUUUGAUGUGACGUGAUUGUUCAAAUGAAACGUCUUUGCCAGUACUUCCAAAGUUUCUUCUUCGUCAUCAAUAUUUCUCAAAGUCUUGAAUUACAUUCUAAUUAUGGGCAUUCUUGCCUGGAGUGAUGGAUAUGAAAUGGUUGCUUAGCAACGUAAUUCAAACCCGACUUGGUUACCACCAAAUAGUAAAUACUAGCUUACCAUUUAAGAAGCCAGCAACCGCCCUCCCGCCAUCCCCUUCCAAAAAAGAAAGUUGUCGCCAUCUUGAAGAAGGCGUUAACCAUUUCAAAAAGACUGUAGUACUUUCUCAGCCUUAGCAUCGUGAUUACUCUAGCAAGUACAGUCAAACCUCGUCAAUACGGACACUGAGUGGUCCAUAGAAAGUGUCCGUACUUAAGCGGGUUAAAUUUAGAGAAAAUAUAAGGGCUUUCUUUCCCCAGGGAAGGGACUGGACUAGGGUAUAAUUAUUUUAAUGCUGCGUGAUAUGGAAUUUUCUGGGAAAUGCAACUGUUGAGAAGCUAAUGAUAUAAACACCCAGAACUACAUGUACCCAAACCAGCGCUUAAGAGAGUAUUAUGGUGUUGUUCAAAAUAGCCAUUUGACCGCAGUACCAGUCGCUUAUAGCUAAGUUGGAGUCGGUAUUUACAACGUACAUACAGUACCGCUCAAAAGUAUAAGUUACCACCCUCUCGCGAGAAGUGAAUCGCUUCGCGCGCUACGCGAUUCCUGUAGCGCAGGACGCGAUUCUCGUAGCGCGCGAUGGCCUAAAAACUGUAAGUAUCGUGGCCAAAAUUCUUGAGCGAUUUAACCAAUCAAUGGUAAAGUUUGUAAGCAGUUGUCCUCCGCACUACACCGGAUAUACUUGAAACGACUUUUCCUGAAACGCUGAGGUUACAUUAAUCAUAAUAUUAGUUUCAUGGCAACGUUACGUUUUUCAAAUGUAUCCGGAUUAGUGUCGGAAAAAUCUAUUUUUCUUCCUUUUUUGGCCAAACCAGAGAAGCACAAAGGAAUGCGUUUUGAAAUUUAUCCGGAUUGGUUUGAAUCGAGAUCAUUUCAGACGGCAUUAUCAAAUUUAUCUGUUUUCAAAUUUAUCCGCAACAUUGUGGACGGAACCUUAGAAACACAAAAUAUUUGUUAGUUUGCUAUAAAAGAUUUAGAUAAGUUUUUCUUGCAAUUUUCGAUAAUAGCCUUUUAUAACAUUGCAAAUUUAUACAUAAUAAAGUUAUAUAAAGAGAAUGGUAAUUUGUUAUUCCAAGAAAUUUUGACACAAGAAUAAGGACUGACAACUUUAGAUCUUUAACGGUUAAGUAUAAAUUUUAUUUUAUAUCUACUCGAGUUUCGUGUGUUUAUACCAAAGGAACCCGUUAGUACCGCGACUAUUGGGCCAUUAAAACCCUGCGGUACUGAACAAAGCCUUUCUGAAUUAUAACUGAAUUAAUCCUGAUAAUCUGUCGAUCAUCAACACUCUAAGACUGUUAUUUGCGGGCUUUGAAUGACUUAUAGGAUAAAAAGCUGCCGUUAGUCUGUUAUACUUUAGUAGCGACGUAGGUUACAUUAUCUUAGAGCAUUUUUCCUUGAACUUAUUGUUUGAAAAAUUUGUAUUGUAAGACAUAUGAAACUUAAAAUUUUGGAAAGUAAAUUGAAUUAAACCCUGAACAGAAC